UGUAUCCUAUCCCUACCCUCCAGCGUAUCUACCUCUCCUCCCAGUUUAGUGUCAGAGACUAUAAACUGAGACUACAGUAGCAUAGCUACUUCACUGUAGCUAUAACGACAUAAACCUAUAGUCUAGAUGCAACCUACAGCAACAGAAGGGGUUUUUCCAUCAGAUUAGGAACACCAUCUCCCCAAACGACAGUAGGUAAGUCGACAGAAGCAUUCUUUUGUUGACAGAGCUGUGUCUACGCUGGGGGUUAGGUUGGCAUAGCUACAUCAGUCAGGGAUGUGGAUUUUUCACAUCCCAGGGCCGACAUAGCAAUAUGGAACUAACUUUUAAGUGUAGAUCAGGCCAAAAUGAUGAAGUGCAGGGGCAAAACCUUCCCAUAGUUUUGGGUUCAGCUGCAGUUUCACACAAAAAUUUAGUUCUGUCUUUACCUUAUCUGAACCUGUUCACCCAGUCCUAGUUUCAGCCUCCAGGGACAAGAUGUAUUAAAUGAAUCUGUGGCUUUAUACACAGUAAAAAAUUAGCGUCCACUCUCUUAAUAGCCCCAACCUUUACUGGUCUCAUCCAUUAUGGCCCUGCCUACAUCCACUUGUUGUACAGGGCUGGGAGGCACAGCAGCCCCACAUGGCCGUUUGCUCUAGGAGAUAUGGGUCUCAGCAGCUCUAAAGGAUGUAGGGGACACAGCAGCUUGGCAGGACCCUUGUCCCCAAGAUUAGCAGAUAUACUUUUGUAUGUGAGGUGUUAGAUGUACUCAAUUUAGCCCUCCUGGAAUCAGGAGCAAAACCCACUGAACUCAAUGGGAGUUAUGUCCACUUUAUUAUGUAUUAGUGUUAACUAGAGGUGCCAAGCUUACAAUACAGCAGAUGGCUAUACCACACAGAUAGGGGAACACAAGGAAACGUGAUUCUGGGACACUGCAAAACCCACAGAGGGGGCUUCUCAUCACAGAAGAGUUUUAAAACUCCCUUCCAGUGUCUCACUGAGUUUCUCACUGUCUUCACUGGGGUCGGGAUGUCACCCUGGGUCUCCUCACUACCAUUAACCUGAUGUCCUUUAGUGUUUCUGCAACAUUCCCCAGUCGUCUGUUAGUAGGGUGACCAUAUUUCCCAAAGAGAAAACAGGACACUCCCAACCGCUCACCCGAGAUGUACUUCCCACCUCCAUGAGGCUGUUGCCCAUGUCUGGAACCCUGCCAGGGACCCCUCAGGAGGCUGUUGGCAGGUUGCUGAAACCCUGCCGACCCCCAUGCUGAAACGCUGCCAGUGCCUCUCCUCCCCAGCUCUAUCUCUCCUGUUGCAGGGGGCUGGCAUCUCUGCUUGCCUGCCCCCAUGUUCCUCCACACCGCACCCCACUUUUUUGACAAAAGUGGGCAUUUGUCCGUUUGCUCUUGCCAACUGAUCAAGCUGCCCAGAGCAAAUGGGAAAAAUGCCUCCUUUUGAAAAAAAAAAAUGUUGGGAUGGCAGGGACAGUGCUUAAAAAAGGGACUUUCCCAGCCAAAAUGGGACAUAUGGUCACCCUACCUGUUAGGCCUGAAGUUUCUUACCCAAAACCUUUUCCUGCUCUGAGGAAGAAGAAGUCUCUCUCCAACUCCUCCCAGCAAGUUAGGCAGGCUCAGUGGAAACUGCGUAAUAACACUUUCUAGCCAUAGUAGAUUACCCAGCAAGACUGGGCAGCUGACUUCAUCCUGGAGAUGUUGCUGGGGGUGACAACAGCCAUGGUGUCUGUCAGGGGAAUAGAGUGGAAAAAUUCGCUCCCAUUCACUCAGCAAUGGGCCUUUCCCCUGCUGAAACUUGCUAAAAAGAGAUGAGCACAAAUACCCAGAGCCCUGGGUCUCUUAUGGAUUUCUUCUGCUUCCUCCAAAAUCUCUCAUUUGACUCUUCCCCAGCGGACCAGCUUCCUCAGUAGCCCCCCUGCUACUGCUACGGGUACCUGGCCUUGCCCAAAAUGGUCACCACCAGGGGCAGACCUCAAUUAGGGGUACUAUGGCCUCUCAGUAUUGUCACUGCUGUGUAUUGUGGCUGUUGUACCAUGGGAUGCAAUACCACCUGUUGCUCAUUGUUUUAAAAAAAGGUAUAAAGGGGCAGGGCCUGGGUCCUCUGAGACUGAUGGUAGUGGGUGUUAAGUAGGGAGAGGAAGAAUUCUGAGCCUGGAGGGAUUCUCAAGUAGCUGGGUAUUGGGUUGUGGGAGCUGAGGGGCCUGGGGAUUUUCUGAGUUUGGAGGACUAUUUGGACAAGGUUUAGUGCAGGAGGGAAUGGAGUCAAUUGGCAAGUGAGGCCGUAUGAGCCCUUAAACUACAUCUGAAAGAGACCAUCCCGCCAAUGAUGAAAACAAACAUGAUAUGACCCGCUCGCAGUUAUAACUGACUGCACCAUGUCCUCUAAGACGACCAAACUAGACAUUGCUUCCUCAGAGAACUGGGAACAGAAGAAGCAGUGUAAUGUCUUGAAGAAACCUAGUGGCCUACCCUUCGUAAGCAAUGUCUGUCACUUGGUUUCCACUAAAUAUACUUCCAUCAAAAAGAGACACCCGUACAUCAAAUUUAUAUGUACUGGGACAGAGAAAGGAGUGAAGACCAUUAAUGAAGUUGUGGUCAGCAGUGCACAGCCAGUUCUGAAUACCCUGGAACCUCAAUCUGCAACAGUAAACUGCAAGGGUCUAGAGUCAGUGGAGGAGAAGCUGCCGAUACUUUGUCAAACCGCUGAUCAGGUUGUUUCAGAUGCAAAGGACUUCAUGAGGUUUUCCAAAGUGAUGGGUGAAAAUGAUGCAGUGACCAAGACAAUAAUAGGAGUGGUCGGCCUGACCAAAGAGGCCAUCCAGACCAAUAUGGAGACCCCCAAAUCAGCAGUGAUUAAUGUUAAACCUAUAGCUUUUGCAGAAGGGCAUGGAAUGGCUUCUGCUCAGCAGCAGCAAGAUUAUGACAGUUACCUACUGCGUUUGGGCUCCAUGAUGACCAAAUUCCAGCAAUGUGCUUACCAGCAUUCCCAGAGCAAGUUGCUGAAAUAUUGCAUCAUUGCCUUGAUUCAUACAAUUACCCAACCCCUGAAGACCAUCUAUCUGAUCCUACUGAUCAUUAUUGAAUACUUUCCCGUCAACUUUCAGGACAAGAUGCUACAAGUUUCCCGUACCACAGAAGUGCUCCGUGCUUCAUUCUCCACUCUUGAUUCCUUCCAAGAUCUGUCUAGACGAAUCCUCUCCCAAAUAUGGGAGAAAGUGACCAAGAAAGAGGAACAUAUGAAUGAGCUGCUGGAGUAUGUGGUGUACAGUACACCUCUGUGUUGGUUUGUGGGAGCCUUCAAUGCUUUAAGAGGCAGAAUAUAAGCAGACUCCACAGAAACUGCAGACUAUGGAAAGAAGGCGCACGUGACAAGUGACACUAUUUAGACUGCAGAAGUUUGGAAGCUGUUACAGGACACGACUUCCCUGUGGCGCUAAUUUAUUUGUAGAACUGUAAAGUUUGUCGAACGAAAGCUUUGAUCUUUGUGAACCAAGCUCUGAGAUUAGAGCUGAGCCUCAGAAUAGCCUGGAAAUAAAUAAAUAAAUCAGGUUCUUUCAAAG